AUGCCAUCAUUCCUUGCAUCAGCCCCCAACGGGGUUACCCACGACAUGGCAAUCGACGAUGCUGCACACGAUGGCAUGGAAAUUGACCUUCUUUCUUCGCCUGACCAGAGUCAUCGUCCAAGCGUUGCUUCAAUUCCCACAGUCCCAAAUGACCUUCGGACCAUUAUGGAAAAGCUCACUGAGAUAAUUCGACAGACGCUCGGAGCAGAUCACCUCACCUCUACCAGCGAUCUCGAUGCACCCAUCGAUCACGGCCUCCUACGAGGUGUACUCAUUGAGCUACACGCCCAAGACAUGAAAUUACCAGAAGACGUCGGUGUGGUCAUCUCUGCCAUCCAGGCAUAUUUGCAUAGCGGCUCAAUCGAUCACAAGAACCCCCUAGUUGAGCGUAUUGUUCAACUGGCUGCAUCCAUACCUGAAGAAUCGAAAGGUGGUAACGUUAUCGCUGGGGCAUUGGUCAAGAAUCUAUGGGAAACCCUCGACCAUCCACCACUCACACGUUUGGGAGACCAGUACAAGUACCGUGCCGCUGAUGGGUCAAACAAUGCAAGUAUCCCAGUUCCUCUCCACCAGAAAAGAGAUCCUGACAAGGUGUAG